GUCUAUUGAUUGCGUCAAGAACGGCGCACAAUUAGAACAGCGAAUGCUGUAAAUUUGACAUCAUGCAAGAAGCGAGGGCCACCACAACUGCUAUUGAGAGAAAAGGAGAAGAAUUAGUUCCCUUCACGAGAUCACUCAUUUCAGCAUCAAAAUAUGACAACCAUGGCGCAGUCCUCCGGUCGUUGCCUCUCUUCCUCCAGUCGUUGCAUCUCGGCUUCGAGUCUUAAGAUUGGUUUUUCAUCAUGCUCGUAUAAUAGCGCCACCAGUUGCUCUACCGCUGCGCAUAGUUGAAAAACCAACAUCAAAAACAUCAACCUCUUCUAAGUAUCACGCAGCAAGAAGAGCAAGUCGCUGUACUUUCGCUACCUCUUCCGGCCGUGCCGCUCGUCCAGAGGUCUUCGACAGAAAAAACAACCUGGCGCAAGUAGAGCGCCUUUUCGCAUUCAACACGGAUGGGCCUAGUAAAGCUCAGGAGUCUGCAAGCGAAAAGGAUGUUGCGAAGAAGCAUUAUGAAAAGGAUUCCUUGGAUCGAAAUUUAGUAUAGAGUCGGCAAAAAUACUAGAAAAGCAUGUCCGAGUCAGAAAUAUUCAAGAAUUUACGAUUCAUCCUCCCUCCCCCUCGUCACAUGCGCACAACUUUCAUCCAUAGCCGACGAGUACCCUAUCCCCAGAGCAAGCUUUAUAUCUGGCAAAAGAGGCAGGGUUCUAUACGAGAACAGAGUUGCAAGAUCAAAUCCUUCGUUCACCAAGCUUCUCUCGUCACGACUCGCCUUUCUUGAUGGACCGGUUUCUGGAUCCGUUGCCGCAGCCAACGUUGGAGUAAUUUAGACCUAGUUUGUAGAAGUUUUAGAAGUAGAUGAUGAAUCAUAUCUUCUGUCCCUUGCAAAGGGUGGAGGUAAAAAUUAUCCUCCUGAUGUGCACGUGCAGGUGCACGACACAGAGAUGAACACUAGCUGCUAUGAUGUCCUCAACGUCACCCAUCAGGUCACAUGAAGAACUCAUCGAAGAGGACGAUCUUGGUGCUAAUUUUGGUCUCCAUGGAAAACAGCCAGUACCACGCAAGAUCCAUGAAACUUUGCGUCGAGCUACAGGUUGUACUACGCCCGCAGGAGGAUCUUCAGCAUCUAGUACCCGAAGUGCUUCAAAGACAACUUUGUCUAGCUUCAUUGACUCCCACACUGGAAACGAGUGGCUGUCUUAUGCGGAAGGACGCGGCACGCGAUUACGAGCUGCUGCUCAUUGUGUCCUGAGGCGAGGAACAGGGGUGAUAAAAGUGAAUGGCGAAGAGGACUUGGCAAGUCGAUGGCCAUUGCUGUACAAUCGGAUGGAGUUGUGCUUGCCUUUCUAUGUCGCAGAAGCGUGUUGUUUGUUUGACGUGUUUUUAGCCGUAAAAGGUGGCGGACCAUCUGGACAAGCGGGUGCGUGUAGACUGGCUGUUGCGAGGGCGCUCGCUUUAAGGCUUGCUAAAGUUGUCUAAUUGAAUUCAUACUUGCUCACGGGAUGGGACUCACGUGUAACGAGGAUAAGUCGUAUCUUUUUUUACUCUGGUAGCUAGAGCUAAUUAUAUACAACAACUUGCUAGUAGGUGCUUAUUUUACUGCUUGUACUAGUGGAGUUCUAGUACCUCGUCUAAUUUCUACCGCACGACCAGCCUGCGUUCCCCUACUGAAUAGCAGACAACUACUCUUCGAAGAUUUGCGCAACAAGCUUCCGAAAGAUCCUCGCAGGCCAAAAGCGCGUGCGAAUUGGAGGUGGAGUAAGCGGUAGAAUGUCGAAUGAUAAUCUUCAUAGACCGUCAACAUUUUCAUCGUGAUUUUGUGAAAGAGCAGCUGGGGAGAAUAUCGCGUAUUGAAUACAAAUCUAUAAGUCGUGAAAAAUGUAAAGUUUUCUUUGUUUCUCCUAGUGAUCCAAUAAUGUCAAUGUACCUGUAUGCAGAUGCC